GUUUCCUUGAGUUCGCUAGUGAACAUCUCAGCCUCUAUAACACUUCCUUCACAAAUGCACACGUUUAGACCCUGGUUAUCUUCAGCACAGAUAGGCCUUACCCAAACCUCGAGCGCCUCUCGUUUCCCCCGACGUGUUAGAUCAUCCACUUCCAAGUCACAUAGAACAUUAUCCUGAUAUGGCGCUGUUAGCGUUAUCGGCGCUCACCUCGGAUAGUUGGAAACUCCUCCUCGGACUCUUCGCACUCUUCUUCGCAGCCAUACUCUCACGAUCGCUCGGCGCACUGCGACCGCGAAAAGGAGCCCUCUUCAGCAAAACAUCAUCCACACCCCGAAAUGAAAAGUCCAAGGAAGCCUCCAAGACAUGGCAAAUGCCGGUUCCCAGUCCUUACCCGGACUGGUCGAUAGAAACGACGAAGCCACUUCCCUAUCGUGCAUUUCGCUAUGGCCCGAAAUACAAUGUCACAAUGGGACUUCGUUCAGUCCAGCCCGAAGACUGGAUUGAGCUUGACAAUCACUACCCUCGAUAUCAUGCCGAUAAGACUGCUCGAAUCGCUGAACGAGGUGAGAAGUGCUUCGGAACAAACCCGGAGGCCUACCCUGCAGCGAUGGAGCUUCUUGAAGAACUGUGCCAAUACCUCCCCGCUCGCUACCCUACGAUGUUCAAGCGAACCCCCGUCGGCAUCGACAAUCUCUGGUCAGGAGAAUCAUUCAACAUAGUCGAAACACCUCUCAAAGAAGAUCCUGCUGCCAUCGCCGCCAAGCUAGUGCAAGACGACCUCGCCAUCAUGAUCGAACGGCCCGACGGCAAGUACUACUUGCUCAGCGGUUCCAUUCUGCUAGCCGGCUUUUGGAAAUUGAGCGACAAGUUUGGCAUGUCUCUCGAGGAGAUCCACACGUCCGGCGAGGUCCCCCACUACAAGGAGAAGCUCCACAACGGCAUGGCCAGCUUCUUCAAGCGUCUGCGCUGCGACCAGAUCUACUCCCGCAAUAACUACUUCAUCCAGGUCGAUGACUCUCUGCCCUGGAGCUGGAGUAUUGGUGAAGAAGACAGUCCCGUCGCCAGCUGGAGUACGGCUGAGAAAGAUAGAGCGGUUGAGCAUCACUAUUUCCGUUCGGAGAGGCAGUCGCUGCGCCGUCUUCCCAAGACCAAGGCCAUUGUGUUCACAAUUAGGACGUACUUUCAUCCGGUUACCGAACUGGCUGCGGAAGACUACGUGCCUGGAAGACUUGCCAGUGCUGUUCGAAGCUGGGAUGAGACUGUGGCAAACUACAAGGGGCGGGAGAUGUAUGAGAAGGUAUUACUAGAGUACCUUGACAAUGAGCAUCAAAAGCAGCUAGAUCGAGGUUUGGACUUGAGCGAAGAAGAUGAAGUUCGGAAGUAUCCCUGGUAAGCAACUGCCACUAUGUCUACUUGCCGUGGGUUGAGAGCCGUCUCACCAUGAAUACAUCGUGAUAAUCGCCUUGGGCGGAAAAUUCUAUGUCUUUUUUCGCUCUAUGCCUUAUCUUCCAGAAUAAAUACAUACAUACACAGUGAA